GAACGUGUCAAUGUGAAGAAAGGGAAAAGUCUUCUAAUCCAAAGGAACAAGCGAGAGCGGCGCAGGAGUCGUCGGGCGCUAGCUCGUAGCCUCGCUCGCGUGCCCUGUUGGCUGACCGUCGCCUAGCCUUCGUCUGAGUCACCAUGAAGACACGAUUCACGACUGUGGACAUCCGGGCGGUUAUUGCCGAGAUCAAUACCAACUACAUUGGCAUGAGAGUUUACAACGUGUAUGACAUCGACAACAAGACGUAUCUCAUCCGGCUGCAAAAGCCUGACAGCAAAGCUGUUCUCCUGAUUGAGUCCGGGACUCGUAUUCACUCUACAGACUUCGAAUGGCCCAAGAACAUGAUGCCCUCGGGCUUUGCAAUGAAAUGUCGAAAACACCUGAAGACACGGCGGCUGACCCAGGUUAAGCAGCUCGGCAUUGACAGGAUUAUCGACAUGCAGUUUGGUUCAGAUGAAGCUGCCUACCACCUAAUUAUUGAACUAUAUGACAGGGGUAACAUCAUACUUGCAGACCAUGAGUACACCAUCCUAAAUCUGCUGAGGUUUCGCACAGCGGAGGUAGAAGACGUUAAGAUCGCUGUGAGAGAGCGGUACCCCGUGGAGAACGCCAGGCCUCCUGAACCUCUCAUCAGUCUGGAGCGACUCACUGAAAUCCUCAGCCAAGCACAAAAUGGGGAGCCAGUGAAAAGGGUCCUCAAUCCUCAUCUUCCCUAUGGAGCCACUCUGAUUGAACACAGCUUGAUCGAAGUGGGUCUGUCGGGCUCUGUCAAAGUUGACAACCAAGUUGAUGCUGCCCAAGUCGCACCUAAAAUCCUGGAAGCUAUGCAAAUCGCAGAAACAUACAUGGACAAAACGGAGAACUUCGGUGGCAAAGGUUACAUCAUUCAAAAGAGUGAGAAGAAACCAAGCUUAGCUCCUGGCAAACCCAGCGAAGAACUGCUCACAUAUGAUGAAUUCCAUCCUUUCCUCUUUGCCCAGCAUGCGAAAAGCCCCUAUUUGGAGUUUGAAACUUUUGACAAGGCAGUGGAUGAGUUCUUUUCUAAGAUGGAAAGCCAGAAGAUCGACAUGAAGGCCUUGCAGCAGGAGAAACAUGCUAUGAAGAAGUUGGAAAAUGUCAAGAAAGACCACGUGCAGAGGCUGGAGGCCUUGCACCAAGCACAGGAGGUGGAUAGAGUUAAAGGUGAACUGGUGGAGAUGAACCUGCCUGUGGUGGAGAGGGCGCUGCAGGUGGUGCGCAGUGCGUUGGCCAAUCAGGUGGACUGGACGGAGAUUGGCAUCAUCGUCAAGGAAGCACAGGCUGCUGGCGACCCUGUGGCCUGCGCCAUCAAGGAGCUGAAGCUGCAGACUAACCAUGUCACCAUGCUCUUAAAGAAUCCAUAUAUUUCUGAAGACGACCAGGAAGAGGAAGAGAAGAAAGAUGUGGUGGUGGAGAAAGGGAAGAAAAACAAGAACAAAGACAAAGGACAGAGCAAGAAGCUUCAAAAGAACAAGCCCAUGUUGGUGGAUGUAGAUCUCGGCCUUUCAGCUUAUGCCAAUGCUAAGAGGUACUAUGACUUCAAACGUACUGCUGAAAAGAAAGAACAGAAAACCAUUGAAGCAGCAGAUAAGGCAAUGAAAUCUGCAGAGAAAAAAACACAGCAAACACUGAAGGAGGUCCAGACAGUGACCACCAUUCAGAAGGCCAGAAAAGUCUACUGGUUUGAGAAGUUCCUCUGGUUCAUCAGCUCAGAGAAUUACCUCAUCAUUGCUGGAAGGGACCAGCAGCAAAACGAGAUGAUAGUCAAACGAUACCUUCGGGCCGGUGACAUCUAUGUUCAUGCUGACCUCCAUGGAGCGACGAGCUGCGUCAUCAAAAACAACUCAGGUGAUCCCAUCCCUCCUCGUACUCUGACAGAGGCCGGCACUAUGUCUGUGUGCUACAGUGCUGCCUGGGACGCCAAGAUCAUCACCAGCGCUUGGUGGGUCCAUCAUCAUCAGGUGUCUAAGACAGCUCCCACUGGAGAGUACCUGACCACGGGAAGUUUCAUGAUCAGAGGGAAGAAAAACUUUUUACCACCUUCCUACUUGAUCAUGGGCUUUGGAUUCCUCUUCAAGGUCGACGAACUGAGCGUGUUUCGGCACAAAGGGGAGCGAAAGGUGAAGACGGUAGAGGAAGACAUGGAGGAUGUCACGUCCAGAACUGCCGAGCUGUUGGAGGAGGGAGAGGAGCUGAUAGGUGAUGACAGCAGCAAUGAAGACCAGGGUGAGGAAAGAGCAGACAACAGAGAUGGAGAGAACAUGGAGAUGAAAAAGGAAAAUAAAGUCCAGGCGGGCGAUGGUGCGAGCGGAACACUGGACGCUGUUUCUGUGGCGUCAGAGCAGAGCAACGCGGAGGCCGAGGCAGAGGACGGUACAGAGGACGACAGCGGGAAGGAAAAGGAGACGGAGAAUUCGGAGGGUGAAGAAUUCAGCUUUCCAGAUACGACCAUCUCCCUCACUCAUUUACAGACCAGCAGAAGUACUCAGAACCCUGGCUUCAAAAAGGAAACAACCACUCAGGCUGAGGUGGACCCACAGGGGAGGAAACACAUGACUGCCAAGCAGAGAAGAGAAGAGAAGAAGAAGAAACAGAAACUGGAGGAGGGUUGUGACACUGAGGAAAAGACUGACAUUUCACCCAGCGGACCAGCAGCCGAUCAGGGUUCCAGGGGUGGAGGAGGAGGCGGAGGAGGCGGAGGAGGCGGAGGAGGAGGAGGCCCCUCUCAGCCGCCACUGAAGAGGGGUCAAAAGAACAAACUAAAGAAGAUUAAAGAAAAGUACAAAGACCAGGAUGAAGAAGACCGGGAGCUGAGGAUGCAGCUGCUGGGGUCCGCUGGCCCCACUAAGGAGGAGAAGGAUAAGGGGAAGAAAGGAAAGAAAGGGAAAGGUAAAGAUGAACAUGUCAGGAAGCCACCGCCUCAGAAACCACCUCCGAAACCUCGUAGUGUGGAAACUGCGGCGAAGAAACCGGAGCAGGCGGGAGGAGGAGAGGAGGUGGAGGACAACAACAGGCAGCCCGGAGAGGAGGGAGGUGCUGCGGAACAAGAGGACAAGGAUGACGACGCGGACCAGGACAACCCUGGAGUAGAGGAGGCAGAGAAUCUGCUCACCUCUCUGACAGGCCAGCCUCAUCCCGAGGAUGUGCUGCUGUUUGCUGUGCCAGUCUGCGCUCCGUACACGGCGCUUACCAACUACAAACACAAGGUGAAAUUGACACCAGGUUCUCAGAAGAAAGGAAAAGCCGCACGCACUGCUGUAUUCAGCUUUAUGAAAGCCAAAGAGGCCUCGACCAGAGAAAAGGACCUGUUCCGCAGUGUCAAGGACAUGGACCUAUUCAGAAACAUGCCCGGGAAAGUUAAAGUGUCUGCUCCAAACCUGCUGGCUGCUAAGAAGAAAUAAGGGAAAGGUGAA